CACCAGCUUUCCAAUUGGUUUCAUCAAUAACUCGACAACUCUUGCACUGCGGUUUUUCGCUGCGUGGCUUGUUCACCCCUGAGAGUGUUCCUUUUUUUUCCACGCGUCACUCUCAAAAAUGCCUGAUCCUCCUUAUCUUGGCCCCUUACCCCAAGCAACUGGCUAAAAUAGACUGCGGCGCAUACCGUGCAUCCAUCGCAUCUGAUCUCAUUUCGCUACACGCAUGGGCGUUAGAACAACAACUAGGUCGGUUAUGGAAGGUCGUGCGUAUGUGCGGAUAUUAUGAGAUCUCAUGUGCAAAACCGCGCACAGUUUCUUUCUGUCUUCUGGACCCGAGGAAAUGGUACGUAUGACAGUGAUUUCUGAUGACAAGGAUGCCCUCAGCGGAUAUAUUCAUAUGUUUGAUUGCCAUUGCACCCCCAAUACUGCAAUCCAAAUCCAGCGUGCACUUGGGGGGCCAUGUGGUGGGAUAUUUUCAUUACCACUAUUGGUCACUGGAGCUUUACAGCCAAGCAACCCUUGGGAUUACGUAUUUCGCGUGCAAAACCUUCAACGCACCCUGUGAUAAGCUUUUGGUUGGCAACCUCGAUCUGAGUCGGGUGAUUGGAAUUGCAUUUAUCACGUACUCCUUGACUCUUUCUUGCCUCAUGCCUACUAGCUAUUACGUGGAGCAAGAGUAAUAUCUUGAUUCACUGUGACAUCGCGAUCAUACU